AUGAGUUCAAUAUCGUUUGGUAACGAAAAUUUGGCGACUCAAGUGGGGAUCAAUCAUGGACAGGUGUAUAUCUCGUCCGAGGUGCUUAGGUCACUGGCAUUCCCGCAGAUGCUAGAUCGGAGAGACAAUAUUGAGCCAUGUCAUACCAAUACCUGCAAAUGGAUUUUGGAGUUGGAAAAGUACCAGUCAUGGAGGAACAAGUCCCGAGGUCUACUAUGGAUUAAGGGCAAACCGGGUGCGGGCAAAUCGACCUUGAUGGUAUUCCUGCAUGACAGACUGAAGAUAUUACAAGACGACAGUCAGGGUAUUCGGCUCGACUUUUUCUUUACCGCUCGAGGCACGGAGAUGCAACGUACGCCCCUAGGGAUGCUUAGAUCCUUGCUGAACCAGCUUCUUAUCUGUGACGCGACUAUACGCCCUCAGGUGCGCGAGAUAUUUGAACAACGAUGUAAGCAGUUUGGGUAUGGUGAAGGCAAGUGGCAAUGGCCACGAGUGGUGCUAGAAGAGUUACUAGCAGGCGUUAUCCUGGCAUCUGCUAGUCGGCAACACGUGACAGUUUUUGUCGAUGCUCUAGAUGAGGCUGGAGCUGAGUCUGCUCAACAGCUAGCAGCAUACUUCCAUCGGCUUAUUGAUCGCGCAGAAAAAAUGAACGUGGCCGUUCGAAUCUGUAUUGCAUGUCGACACUAUCCCAUCAUGGAAAGUGCCCGGGCUAUGGAGAUAUAUGUCGAAGAGCAUAAUCAUAAAGACAUCGCCACAUACAUUAAGGAUAUCCUUGCUGACACAGAGGUCGGAGACAGUCCUAGUGAAGAGACGAGGCAGACACUAGUGGAACAGCUGAUCCAGCAAGCCAAUGGUGUGUUCUAA